AUGGGGAGCGCCAGCAAGGUGGUCAGAUUCUGGAACAGGAGGCAGAGUCUGUUCCCCAACUACAAAGUCGCAGUUUCAGAUCUGAAUCGGAGACCUUCGGAGUGUGCUUAUCCUCUCGCCAAGGAAAGCUGCGUGAAGACAUGGAACUCCAUGCAGGAGCUGAGCAGGGACAUCUACGACAUCUACGCAGAGUAUGAAGAUGAAGAGGAUGACAGCGCUCCGUGUAGCUUUUCCAAGCAGAUCUCACCCUCCAAGAACUACAUGAUCAACAUUAAUGUGGGGGGGAAACCGUACCAGAUCACCUACAAGAUGGCAGCAAAGUAUCCCAAGACCAGGAUCGGACGACUGGCCACCUACACGGACCACAACAUGAAGCUGGACCUGUGUGAUGACUACACCGUGACCAACAAUGAGUUCUUCUUCGACAGGGACCCAGAUGUCUUCCACAGCAUCUUCAACUUCUACAGGACCGGGGUGCUGUGGAUAAAAGACGAGCUGUGUCCACGAAACUUCCUGGAGGAGAUCAACUACUGGGGCGUGCGGAUCAAGAACACCCACCGCUGCUGCCGCAUCUCCUUUGAGGAGAGGCAGGACGAGCUGAACGACCAGCUGAAGAUCCAGAGAGAGCUGGAGGCUGAGGUGGAGAUCGAGGAGAACGAGGAGCUCUUUCAUGACAUGUUUUUGGGACAGAAGCGACGCUACAUCUGGAACCUCAUGGAGAAACCGUUUUCCUCCAUCAAGGCCAAGCUGAUGGCUGUGGCCUCCAGUCUGUUCGUUCUGAUCUCCCUGGUGGCCAUGACUCUGAACACAGUACAGGAGAUGCAGUACAGGACUCCUACAGGUCAACUGAGUGGUAAAACAUACUGGGAGUACGUGGAGUCCAUGUGCAUCGCCUUCUUCACCAUGGAGUACCUGCUUCGCCUGGUGUCCACGCCUGACCUUAAGUCCUUCAGCAGGAGCGUCCUCAACACCGUGGACUUGAUCGCCAUCCUGCCUCAGUAUCUGCAAGGCAUCCUGGAGUUCUUCGACAACGAGGAGAACUACAUGAAGCACGAGGCCGACAUGCAGGCUGUAGGGCAGGUGGGGAAGCUGGGCCAGGUGUUGAGGAUCAUGAGACUGAUGAGGAUCUUUCGUAUUUUAAAACUCGCACGCCACUCCACUGGUUUGCGGGCGUUCGGCUUCACUCUGCGUCAGUGUUACCAGCAAGUCGGCUGCCUCUUCCUCUUCAUCGCCAUGGGCAUCUUCAGCUUCUCAGCCAUGGUUUACACUGUAGAGCACGACAUGCCGCAGACGAACUUCACCAGCAUUCCUCAUGCGUGGUGGUGGGCAGCUGUAAGUACAUCUCAGAAAGUCCCAACACCCUGAAGGAAGAUUCACAGCAACUCUUAGAAAGUAGAGAGUCAAGAGUUCUUGAAUUGGGCCCGUUAAAUAAAUCCCUCACCUGAGUAAUGGACCUAAGUGACCUGUUUAUGUAAGCAAAACCAAAUGGCCUGUCCUUGAUUUACUUUGCAGCUGACACAGUCUCUAAACUCUGGGACAUUAUUAGAUUAAACUUUAGCACUACUUGGCUUACCGACAGAAAGAGGUCAGCUCUAGAGGAUGUGUCAUCUUGUGCCGUAAGAAGCAUGACUUCUUUCGUCAGAAAAGAUUCAAACUACUAACUCUAUAUCGAUAAAGCACAUUUACUAAUUUAUCCUCAUCAGUUUGACAUCAGGGUGGACUGACCUGGUUGAUAACUUGUUUGGUAAAAGCGCUUGUUUGAGUUCAACUUUCAACCUGCACCUUUGAUCCACUGAGUCUGCCUGCUGCUAUGAAUAAACCCGUUAACAGAUCUUUCCCCUCCCUCUUUGGACGGGAGCUUGAAUCUUACUUCUAAUCCAGGGCGAGGAAAUGAUAAUCCCCUAAAUGAUUGUAAUGGUCAUAGUGAGGGCAACCAGGAACGCCAUUCACUGCUGCAAAACUCUGAGUGAUCUCACACAAAGGGAAGCAGACAAAGUGUUGAAGGGGUAGUCAUAAAUGAUAGCCUUUCUGAUCGUUGAAUUUUUGCAGUGAAGCUGCUAAAGUUAAAGGGAGUUGUUUAGUAUUUAGUGUUGUUUUGCUGAACAGAGUUGUUUAAAUUAAUGUUAAAUCAUCCAAUUAUGAAAAAUGUUUUGUUUCUGUUAGCUGAAGUCUUUUGAGUCUUUUGCAUCUACAAAGGUACAGGUCUCUUCUACUGUGACGGCCAUGUUGUGCCACCAUGUUUCUAUUGUAUGUAUUUGGAUGUUUAACGGGUUGCACCAGUAGAAAGAUGAAAAUUGGUAAAAGACUUUGUAUUGAAGGAUAUUUUUGAUUGUAAAAACAUAAUUUUCAUUAUGCAUCGUAGCUGCAUUGGUGCGAGGGUUGAGCAAUGGAGCAUUUCAAUCUUUAUCUUUCCAUUAACCAUUUCCAUUUCCAUACUGUACCUUAAAGGAUGUUAAGUAUUGGGCUAAAUAUGUGUGAAAAUUAGGUCUAGUUGUUUUGCAUUUGAACCAAGCUCGUCAUUAGAAUAUGCAACAAAGGAUAAUAGAAGUUUUUACAUUUUUCUUUAACCGCAUGUUUGUCUCUCUACUGGUCGCCAUUAAUCUAUUUUGUUACACAACUCAAGACAACAAACUUUGGUUGAUAAUUUUGGAGCAUAUUCCCUAAAAUGAUGGAAUCCUUCUCACCGUAUGAAUGCUGUUGGUUUGCCAGACAUAUAAGAGGUUCAAAGUCAGUGUUGAAGCUUCUGUUGUCACUUGGUUUGGUUGAUUUUUACCUGUGCCACUAGGUUUAGAAGACUGCUUCAUGUAAAUCCUGAUAUUAAAGGUGUGGAGCUUUGGAGAAUCAACUAGUGGAAGUGGGGCAUCAGAAUGAUGGGGAGAGAGGCAACAGAUAGGCAACAAAUCAACUCAUAUUCAUUUUUAGGGAUGGGUUGAUCGUAAACGACUGCUUUUCUUAACAAUUUCCCCUUGGUGUCAAAUAUGCUGAGCCACAGUCCUUUAUUUUAGGAGCUUCAGAGUGUUCCUAAACAACCAAGAUGGUCCGUUUGAUUCGCUGUUGCAGCCCAGUGAGAUAAAGCAUGUGUGCAACUGCAGAUUUAGCAUUUACUGGUUUGAACAAAUGUUUCUUUCCUCUGUAUACUGCUGCCUGUUUACAUUUCUGUCACUAUACACUUCCUCUUCAUUUAUGCUGCAUUAGUCUCAUUUAUCAUAAACAUGUUCAGUCCUUCAUGCAAAUGAAUGGGUGUCAAGCUGAGCAGAUCAAAAGUUUGAUCCAGUUACAUUUUUAAAUUGACAAGUCAAGAGUCUGCAGUAAUUACACGACAGGAGUAGAGAAGUGGAAUAAACUAAUCAGGUCGUUCCAAGGAGUAAUCUUUGAUCAAAAACAAUACAUUACUAACACAUUAGUUAUAAUAAAAACGAGACAAAUACCGUAUUGAAAAUAUUCUGCUUAUCAACUUUAAAGAUUGACUCUGUUUCAUCCUGCUUGUCAAUUAAAGGAGCACACAGGUCAGGUUAGAGGUCUGACCACCGUCUUCUCCUGCUAUUUAUACGAGGGCUGACCAAGUGCAGAUUGAGGUCAGCUACAGGUCUAGUUCACCCCAGACAGGACAGGUGUGCAUGUAGCUUCUCAUAGAGCUUAAAGGGAUCAUGACAGGCAUGGAGGACUUUGAACCGGAGCUGGUGGUCCAGAUGGAUUCACAUGGCCCCUGGUUUGAAAAAUGCAAAGUAAAUCAGUUCAAAUUACCACAUGCAUGAAAAAGACGGGCAGGGUACAAAAAAUAAAAUUCUACCCAUCCAGACACUCACUGUUUGCUGUUAGUCUUCUUUCUCUAACUCCACUGAUCGCUCUCCUCUUCUCCUCUAGGUCAGCAUCUCCACUGUGGGGUACGGAGACGUCUACCCAGAGACCAUCCUGGGCCGCCUCUUCGCUUUCAUCUGCAUCUCUUUUGGCAUCAUCCUCAACGGUCUGCCCAUCUCCAUCCUCUUCAACAAGUUCUCAGACUAUUACUCCAAACUCAAGUCCAAUCAGUACACAGCCUCCCUGCAGAAACGAGGGAGGGUCAGGUUUGCCAAAAGGACAGCCAAGAAGCUCAGGAGCUACCUGGGAAACCAGCACAGUAACUCACGCUGA